GUUUAUAAUAACGGAUCGUUUUUAUAAAACAAGUGACUUUCAUAUUUUGUUGUUUCUUAACCUUUUUUAUUCCCAGAAUAAAAAAGAUAUAUGAAAUGAAAUAGAAAGAGCAUUUAUCAAUAAGUUUAUUGUUAAAUAUAAUAAAGUCAAUAAUAUUUAAACGUAACAAUCUCUCAUAGUUGAACCAUAAAAAGGCGUGAGAGAAGGUGAUUAUUUAUUGGUAUUUACAUUAACAUUAUUUCAUUAAAUUUUGACGAUGAAAAUCAUCAUUCGGACUAAAGAUUAAAAAAAAAUAAUAAAAAUUGACUUCUUGAUGGGAAAAAGUAUUCAAAUAUUUAUAGUGUUAACAUGCCUGUUAUUGCACGUGCUCGUUGUGGAGUUAAAGACGACAAAUACCGGCGACUAUGAAGAUUCAUACUUUGGUCAAAGGAUCAGGAAAGGUCGACGUUUACUUGGGUCUUCGACUGUAACAGAAAAUUCAACAACUGAUAUACCUACAACAACAGAAACGGUAAAUAUUACUGAGCAUUCAACAACAAUAAAAACAAUAACUAGUACCGAGCCGUCAAGUACAACAGAAGCAAUACCUACUACAGAUACAUCUACAACAACAGAAGCAAUAACUACUACAGAUGCAUCAAAAACAACAGAAGCAAUAACUUCUACUGAUGCAUUGACCACAUCAGAAGCAAUUAUUAGUACAGAUGCAUCAACAACAGCAGUUGAAGCAAUAACUACUACAGAUGCCUUGACAACAACAGAAGCAGUGACUACUACUAGUCCAACAUCAACUACAACAGACACAAUAACUACUACAGAUGCAUCAACUACUACAAACGCAUCAACAACAACAGACACAAUAACUACUACAGAUGCAUCAACAACACCAGAAGCAAUAACUACUAGGGACGCAUCAACAACAACAGAAGCAAUAACUAUUACGGACGCAUCAACAACAACAGACGCAAUAACUUCUACAGAUGCAUCAACAACCACAGAAGCAAUAACUUCUACUGAUGCAUCAUCAACAACAACAACAGAAGCAAUAACUACUACAGACGCAUCAACAACAACAGAAGCAAUAACUACUACAGAUGCAUCAACAACAACAGAAACAAUAACCUCUACAGACUCAACAACAACAGAUGUAUCAACAACAAUAACAGAAGCAAUACCUAAUACAGAUGCAUCAAGGACAACAGAAGCAAUAACUUCUACUGAUGCAUUGACCACAUCAGAAGCAAUUAUUAGUACAGAUGCAUCAACAACAGCAGUUGAAGCAAUAACUACAACAGAUGCCUUGACAACAACAGAAGCAGUGACUACUACUAGUCCAACAUCAACUACAACAGACACAAUAACUACUACAGAUGCAUCAACAACAACAGAAGCAAUAACUACUACUGAUGCAUCAACAACAACAACAGAAGCAAUAACUUCUGCUGAUGCAUCAUCAACAACAACAACAGAAGCAAUAACUACUACAGAUGCAUCAACAACAACAACAGAAGCAAUAACUACUACUGAUGUAUCAUCAACAACAGAAGCAAUAACUUCUGCUGAUGCAUCAUCAACAACAACAACAGAAGCAAUAACUACUACAGACGCAUCAACAACAACAGAAGCAAUAACUACUACAGAUGCAUCAACAACAACAGAAGCAAUAACUACUACUGAUGUAUCAACAACAACAGAAGCAAUAACUACUACUGAUGCAUCAACAACAACAGACACAAUAACUACUACACGAUGCAUCAACACAACAGAAGCAUAA